AUGACAGUUUUGCCAAGCUCGUGGAGAGCCAUUAGCAAAGGUCAAGAGUCUCCUUGUCCUGUCUUUGGAUCGCCUAUAUACGCACGCGGGGCGCUUCAUUGGCUUGUUGACCUCGCUACCAGCACUCGGGGUUAUCUGGUUAAAGGCAAGAUUGUUCAUUUUGAUGUUGGGAAGGAGGAAUUCGGGUUGAUUUCUCGACCCGAAUUUCGCCCGUUUCAUUUAGUUGAUAUGAGAGGAGACUUGGCCAUUGUUGAUCGGUCAUCUGAUAAGGAAAUUGAAAUAUGGGUCAUGAAGGAAUAUGAAAAGAAAGAGUGGGUCAAAGAAUACAAGAUUGGUCUGGUAGGGGCACAAGUUCGAGUUAUGGGGCUAUGUGAACAUGGUGAAAUACUACUGAAGCUGAAGCAAAAGGACAAAUCUGGAAAUAAUUAUUUGUUCUAUAAUCCAAAGACUGAUGUGCUAAAGUACAGCCACAUUCCAAGCCUCAAUGGUGACACACAAGUCCUAUGUCACAUGGGUACCCUGCUAUCAGUAGCUAAGUUCAGGGCAGCAGAGUAA